CGAAGACCGGUUCAAACAACGCUGUGACUCACUCGCAUAUCGGAGUGUAAGUUGUUGAAACUGUGCGUGGACCAGGAACACUUCACAUGCAGCCGGAGCAGUCGUAUUUUGCACGUCGAAACCGAGGAUCCAUCUUGGCAAAAUUGGACAGUAUAAUCAAACGUCUGCGUGAUAAAAAUGUCCAGCGAGGCGCGAACGCGGACGUACGCGAAAGUGAAGUACAUGGAAUUGCAAUACAGGUGGCUGACUCUUUCAUGUUCGAUCCUGUAGUUAUUGACCUCCAGCUGGCCGAACCGCUGUACAUAGUUGGUGACAUCCUGGGACAAUUCGGUGAUCUGUUGAACAUUUUUGAAAAGUUGGGCUAUCCACCGCAGAGUAGAUAUCUCUUUCUAGGGAAUUAUGGGGAUCGGGGCAACCAGUCCAUUGAAGUGUUUUGUCUGUUGUUUGCACUCAAACUGAAGUAUCCAAAACACAUUCACAUGCUCCGUGGGAAUCAUGACUGUGAGUACGUCUCAUGGCAAUACGGAUUCCUUGCUGAAUGUGUCAAACGCUUCAGUAAAAACGUAUGGAAAGUUGUUAUGAAUGCCCUGAAUUGUCUACCAGCCGUGGCGAUAAUAGAGGAUUGUAUAUUCUGUGUGCACAGUGGUCUAGUCCCGUGUAUACACUACUCGACGGCAACCAGUUUGGCGCAACUCAGAAUGUACAUCACUGAUAUCAUUCGGAGGCCUGUUUCAUUGACGGAGAAUUUCCUCCUCACCCACCUGACCUGGUCCGAACCAGUAGUGGACACACACAAUUACUCUGCGAACCCGGCCGGUUUGGGACAGUGGUUCGGGGAAAAAGUGGUGGAGGAUUUUUGCCAACGGUUCGGAUUGCAGUUGGUUAUUCGUUCACACGACUUCAUUCAAAACGGGUAUGAAUUCACAGCUGGCGGAAAACUACUAACCAUUUUCAGUGCGUCAAAUAUGGGUGAUGUUUAUCGGAACCUAGGUGCCGUGGUGUACUUACGCAGAGCCCCCGACGGAUAUCGUAUAGUCGGAAGAAUCAAAGUGAUUGUGCGGAGCUCACGUGCUCUCAGGGGAGCAAGAACCAAGAUUCCACUGACCGUGAUUGACUCACUGGAAUAUAAGGCAACACUGCAAAAGAAGGCUGGAGCGCUGGCCAUGUUGCAGGAAAGCUUGCCCAGAAGUCGCGGAAAAUACAUUUUCUUCACCUAAUUGGCUCCAAAUUAUCACACUGACAUUCAGGAUUAUUGUACAGAAAAUACAUUGAUUCUGAAUCUUAUGGCGGUGCCGCAUGCAUCAGGAGAGCUACAGAACCAUCGGUCUCCCCAUCUUCAAGCUAAAGAAAGUAGCUAUUGUUAUGUUCAGUAAUUUUGUGACCAAAUGGCCAUUCAGUGAGAGCAUUCACGAUGUAAUCAAAGCGGCUUUGACAAUGAAGAAAAUUGUCACCUACCAACAAACAUUCUUUUUGGUAUUCGGCCAGUCGCAAGGAAAAAGAUGUCGCUAUUCGCCAAAGUGUUGCGGGCCAACAUUCAGUGUACGUGUUAUCUGAAUUCGUAAUACGUAAGUCUUAUCUGUCCAGGCACUGGACUUCGUACAGAUUGCUGGACGAUCAUUUUUGCAAUCAUAGGUGUACCUCUGUGUAUAUUCUUCUCGAGUUCUACUUUACUGCUGUCGGACAGUUCUGGUUUGCAAUGGACACGCUUCAUAGCGCAAGGUUAUCACUGCUGUAUUCACCUGGCUUAUUGAAAUAAACCUCUGGGAUGGAUUGA